CUCUCUUCUCCAUCCCUCCUCCUUUUUCCUGCUUUCUCUGUCCGUCCUGAAGGCGGAGUUGAGGAUUACAAACUUUUUAAAAGCCUUGGUGAAGAGUCUGAAAAAAGUUUUGCAACUUCACAAGGAGGGAGCCUACCCAGCAAGUUAGCAACAAGCCUUUAAACUUUAAAAGGACAGGAUUAAGUGCCUGUGCUUGUCACUUGCUCUCUUGACUUUCCAAGAACACCCUGGAUUGUGCUGCUGCCUUUUGGUUGGAUCAGCAAGGUAGAGUAUGUGUAUUUGUUUAGUUAUAGAAAAAUAAAUUAGAAUUUUAAAUUAAUUGUUUCCCAGUGCCAAUAAAACAAGUUUACCAAUUCAUUAGUUUUAAGACCAAGUAAAAUUCCAACGUAAGUCAUUUAAGGUAAAGUAAUAUUUUUUUUUUUUUAUGUAUAUAACAGUAUUUCUCAUUGUAUUAACUUAACUAUACAAAAUACAAUUUUACAUGCGCCCUUGCAUAUUUCCCAACUUUCCUAGAAUUCCUGAGACAGCCCUGAACAUUUGCUUUCUCUCCAAGUAUCCUGCUGUUUUAGCAUCUCCAUUAAUUGUUAAUAUGUAUCUUCCUUAAAAUGUUUACUAUUCUAUUAUUUUGAGAUAUAUAUAUAUAUAUAUAUAUAUAUAUAUGUUUACUCUUGUUUUUAAACUUUUCUGAUGGUUCGCACUCCAUGUGUUUGUAAAUACCAUUUAGGCUGGCUUUUCGUGAUGGGCAUUGCAGUGGCACAUUUAGCUAUCACAGUUGUAGGUUUUUAAACAGUAUUUUAGCCUAUGCAUUAUUCCUCAACACAUCCUUAGUUUUAGAUCUGCUCUAUAUUUUUUUCUGUGAGUAGGAAGAUUGUGAGAUGUGUUUAACUCCUUAUGCACAAUGAUAUUCUACGCAGCCAUCUGCAACUGAUGCUUUAAGGUAAUAUUCCAGUACUCACUGUACCACUUACAUAGCCUCAGCAACACUAUAGAGCACUACUGUCACUAAUAGAAGGAUUUAAUUUAUUUUUUUAAAAACAUCUUUAUUGAACAGAAUAUUAUGAUGGCAUAGACAGCCAUUGGUCCUUCAUUGGUUAAAUGAUGCUGGCACGAGAGUGAAUUGAAUAAAUAUAAAAUGGCUAAGCAGACUAGCCAGAAACUAAGCCUGGCUUCCAUAUCUUAGUCAGCAUUUUCAGAAAUCUGAAUCAGAGACUUCUAACGGUAAAUUUGGGUUAAAAAGACCACAUCUGAAUUUUAAAAUAUAUAUUUCAUUGGUUUAGCAGACAGGAAAUUUGACACCAGCUACCUAGGUUUUAUUCUUUGGCUGAAGUAAGACUUUGCAUGACUUGGAAUUUUCAUACUUUUGUGUUUAGGCUCUAAUUGAUGGUGUUCUUGCUGACUACGUUUUAGCAGUUCUUAUUAAAAGAGGUCUGGGUUAGCUACUGCAGCGGAGAUUUCUGUUUGAAGUUAUUGCACUUCCCUGCUAUUCUGAGCCACGGAAUGUGUGAGAAGGAAAUAUAGUUUUACGCACAUCAGGACAGAAAUAAGCUCCAUUUAAUACGGUUUUAUCUGUUGCUCUGCCAUUGCAACAUCUGGAUAGCACACUUUGCUUUUAACUAUUGUUUGUACUGUUUAUGUAAAAAUCUUGGAAUCUAUAUUUUUGCUGUUCUCAUGGUGCCUAGUAAUCUAGUAAAAAAAAAAAAAAAAAAAAGUAAUAAGAUGGGGAGAGAGAGACCACAAAAAUCACAGCCUUGGGGUAGGCAACUUUUGGCACCCUAGGUGUUGUGGACUACAUUUCCCAUAAUGCUCAUACAGCCACAAUGCUGUCAAAGCAUAUGGGGAUAUGUAGUCCACAACAUCUUAAGUGCGAACAGUUGCCUACCCCUGGCAAAGCAUCUGGGUAUAUGUAGUCCGCAACAUCUGGAGAGCCAAAAGUUGCUUGCCCUGUUCUAGAGCAAGGUGAUCAAUUCAAUGUUUAUUCACUAAACAGCACCAGGCUUCACUAAACAGCAACAGACUGAAUUGCUAAAUGUAGGCAGAAAAUCUCCAACUCCAGCUACAUCCAAGGCUUGGCUAUUUUAGCCAAUGUGUUGCAAUUUCAUUUUCAGUUCACAACAAUUUUCUGUUUAGUGAAGAAACUCCUCUGAUCCAAGCACUCCUGUGGAUUAUAAUCAAACAGAUACCAACUAGUAUGCAGCAACAUGAAAGUGUUCAUGUAACCUAGAGCAGGAACGAUCAAACAAGUGGGCCACCAAAUUUUUUCAAACUGCAACUCAUCUAUGGCUGGCAAAGCUUAAUGAGCGUUGUUGUUCUGAAUAACAGAAGGUCUACUUUUUGGCCAGUUCUGACCUAGAGUAACUGUCAUAAAAAGCUGUGCAUCUUUGUCAUAUGAGGCUUGCAGUAGGACUGAUACCUCUUUAACUUAAUAUUACAACCAAAUACCCAUCUGCUCUUGCUUUGCGUGUACAUGCCUACUGUAUAUCAAAUUCCAUUCUAUUACAUGUAAUGCCACAUAAAGAUGAUAUACUGGCUUCUGUAGCUGUCUGUAUGUGAAAGAAUCCCAUUAUAAAAUGUAUAGUAUGAACAAUGAAAUCCCUCUCAUAAAUACUGGAGAUGACUGAGCUUUCCCAAGCAAAGAAAAAAGAAAGCCGUUGAAAUGGUUAAUAUAAUUUUAAUGCACUUAAACGUUACUGAAACAAACUCUAAAAUGUAUGCUUUCUUCUGUAUUAUGCAUGAUCUGUUAGGUGCGUUAAUAUUUGUGUUGAUGGGGAUUUGCAGUGUGGCUAUAAUUAUCUCAGAGUGAAAAGCAGGGCAGUAUAAUUGUGUAAUCAUGUGUGCUAUACGUGGCAGACCUGGGAGUUAGCAUAUAACCAACUUUUAUGUUGCAAAAAAAAAAACAUCUGUGUGUCAGGAUCAGACUUGUUUUGGACAAAAUAUCACCCAUUAGUAAUUCAGAAUCCAACUAUUGUAGUACUGCCAAUCAAUGUCAAGGGAUGGGUUUUGUUGUACCAACUUGCUGGCAGGCCAGGUGUAGCACCUUUAACCAUUUUAUGUUCUGUAGUCUCCAACACAUCUAAUUCUGUCUCUACAGCCCAUUUUUUUUCUUGCUCUCCUUCCAACCUAUUUCCUUCUGUAUUCAAUCCCUUAUCGCAGUCUCUGUUUAGUAGUUGCUAUCAUUAUCUUUAUUUCACUUGCUGCUUUCUGGAUAUCAACCUUUUCCUUAGCAUUGUUCUUUUUGCACUCUCUUGUUUUCUCUGUCUCUUGUGUGUGUGUGUUUUGAUCUGUUUAUCAAUGCUUGGAAGUCCUUGUCUAUGUAUCUCAGUAUUUUUCCAUCUCGCUAAUUUCUCUGCCUUUUCCCUUUCUUGCCUGAUUGUCACCAGUUCUCUUUUUUUUUCAUAUGUUGUCUACUUCUCACUUUGAAUCUCAGUCUAUAAAAGCAAAAGUAAAAUACAUUGAGUCACAACACCAUGCAAAGUUCCAAUAUGGAUUUUUUCCUCCAGAGGAGGAUGUGGCAUCUGGUUUAGCAGGUCCACUUGCCUGGCCACAGACGCCUGCAUCCAGGGUCAUGCUCUUUCUCAAUACCUGUUUUCUCUCUCUCAGUCUUUAUUGCCUUUAUAUAUGAAUGUUUCUAAGACUUUGCAUUUUCUAAUGUAUUUAACUCUCUCUUUCUAUCACUCUUUAUUCCCACUGAUUCUCUAGCUCCUUUACCUUUAUCCCUGUAUCUCAUUAAUUUUCCAGUUUCACCUCUGUCUCUCGUGAACUGUUUCUCAGCCUUUUUUCUAGCUGAUCUCUGACACUUGUACCUAUCUUUCUUACUUCUCUAUAAGCUUUUAUCUCUGUAUCUUUAUCUGUCUUUUACAAAUCCUGUAAUAGUUGUUUAUACCAUCUUAUGACUAGCUCAUGUUUUUCUGCCAUAUAUCCCCCUGCCUCUCCUUGUCUCGUUUUAUUUCCCCCCCCCUACCUGUCUGCCUAUCUUUUUAUUUACCCAUUCUUGGUUCUAAGUGUCCCUCUUGGUUCUAAGUCUUUCAUCACCUAUAUUUUUCAUUUAGUUCUUUUUUUUUUUUUUUUUUACUUUUCAUCUUAAAAGACUUCUUUCAUUCUUUUAUUUUCUAUUUCUUUCCAGUUUUCCAUGCUUGCAGCUUAAUUUAAUAAAUAAUGAAAAACUCCUAGUCGCUAAAAUGACCCGUGCAAUUUAGUAAAAAGAUUAGUGAUAUGUUUUCUCAUGCAUUUCAUGCAAGUGAAGAUUUUAUUAUAGAUUUAUCAUAAUAGUUUAAUUAUUGCUUCUUCCUAUGUAAAACCUGCACCUAUUAAAUCACCAGGCAUGUGUUGCAUUAUUGAGAUAUAUUAAGCGUAUAUAAAGCCUCUGUUGCUUGAAUCCAUCUAUUUACCAAUCUGGCAGUCAGUCACAUGGACGGUAUAGAUUUAUUUAUUUUUUCAGCAUUAUUUUUUUCUUUAACAGUUGCAGCAGUUUUAUUAUUGAUUUUGUGCCCAUGUUUUUAUCCAUAAAUACUGGGCAUGUAGACUUAUUCCUUUUACGGCUAUAGGAUUGGGUACAAUAUUUUAGGAAAAGGGACAUAGGUAUAGGGAAUCUUUUGACCCUGUAGUGUUAGGGUAAUAGUACCAACAGAACUGGGCAUCCCCUCUGGCCUUAUCAGGCUAUUGGCCUUCAGUUCCACCCUGCACACAUGAUGGAGGUAGUAGGAAGGCCAUACACAAGUCUCAUAUGGUGAAUAUUGGGGUCAACAUUUUAUUUUUUUUAAAUGUAUUUCUUGUUAGAGAGAGAUCGUCGUACUAUUGUAACCAGCUUGUGUAUUUAAAAUAUUUUAUUGCACUGUACUUUGAGUUCUCCUGGGACUUUCCCCAUUGGCAGCACAAAUGUAUAUUUUAAAAUCUCACACAUUAAAAUGCACAAUAUUUUUAUUAUAUUUGCUUACAAAAUCGUUUUUUGUUUUUUGUCUGUUUUAUCAAUUAGUCUCAAAUAGUUUAUUGCCAGAGUAGAUUAUAAUAGGACUGAAUUAAUGCAUUCUUUAAGACUGUUUGCAAAUCAUAAAUGUUAUCAUUUGGUGGUUUUAGGGUACUACUAAUGGGAUCAGAAUGUCAUUGUUGAAAACUAAGUAUUUUUAACUAGAAAAACACUGUUAUUAUGGGUACAUGUGUUGGUGAAGGUUGAAAAAUACUUUUGUACUCUGUCAUGCAGUAAAGUGGUUAUUGUAAGUAAGGUAUUUAAAACAGAGAACUGCUUGGGCAGUCACAUACACAAUAGAAGCAUUUAGAGGUUACAUAAUGACUGGGUGUUUUGCCUACUAAAUAUAAAAAAAAAAUGAAAUGGUUCAGUCUCAAGCAGUUAUAUAGUAAGCUUAUAUUUUCUCAUUUAGAAGGGGCCUAUUUACAUGACUGGGAAAUUUUAUUUCAGUUUGCCUCAAGUAACCAGUCAGCCGUUUCAAGUCAACCAAUGCUCAAGUUAUCCCUCAAGCUAUUCACUAACAUAAUUCCUGAGAAAUCAAUAUUUGGUAGGGCAGUCCUAAAUUUGGGCUUCUGUUUCAUUGUCCUAGAUUUCAUACCUAGUGUUCCACUUCUGGAAAUGCAACAGAAAAAUGACCCAAUAAAGAAAUUAUUAGACAUGCACUGCUAAUAGUGAAGCCAGAGCAUUCAGCACUUCAGCGCUUGGCACAUUAACAGCCCUGAGUGGGACUGGCCAAAAGAGCAACAUACCCCCUCUUUGAUUGGGAUAACCCCUUUCUGGAUGAUCCCACCCUUAUGUCAUCGCCACACCUUAUCAUGGUCCACCUUGUACUCUUCCCUGCAUUUAUACGUACAAUGUUAGGAACAAUAGCUGACUGGAACAGAUUCUGAUAGUGUUUUUCAUGUGGUUAGUUGUUAAGUAGUGCUAGACUUCAGUCAAAUUGCCAUAGUUAAUAUCAGAGUUGGUCAGUCACAGAGUGUUAUAAGGGUGAUAACAGAAUAAAGUGUGCUAGCAACAAAAUAGUUAAAACCAUUUAAAUAAAUACACAAAUAAAAGCCUGACUGCAAUGGCGAUUGGACGUGUUUCCUAGGAGCUCCUCCAGUUCCAAAUUAGUUGAUCCAGUUGCCAACGCUUCUGGCCCUUUUGUAGUCAUCAUAUUAAACUACCUUGGCAUCCCUCAUCACUUGACCAGUCUGACCAGCCUGUGGUUGCCCAAAAUGGAAUCUGCAUCGACUGUGAGUGAGGCCUAGCAUGCGUUGUGACAAGGAGAGACGGCCGACCUGACAUGCAUUGACCCGCCACUACAUGGACUUCCAGCCCUGUUUCCUCCCACUAUGGGCUGGCGGGGGUGAUCCCAGUCCCUACCAUGAGGGCUCCCUACCUCCGCAGCUGACAUAUGGCGUUGUAACGCUCCCAGUGACAUCUACGACCGACUCACCCACAACGAAGUCGGCCGGAUAUCCGGGGCUGCAGCUGAGGAAGGGGUCUGGAGCACUGACAUAGAUAAACUGCCUUCGCGAGGAGUUCUGGCAGGAAUUGCUGAAGCACUAUCUCCAGCCUACCGAGAGAACAUUGCUGAAUUGCACGUCUGCACAGCUACCCCGAAGAACCGGGAACCCAAACACAGCCGCAGACCCACAGAAAAACCGUGCCAGCGGUGCACAAGGAGAGUAGCGCACAGGCCUAUACCCCAAUGCCGACAGAGAUCUCCCGGGAGGUUUAAAGGGGGAAAAAAGCAAGUGGCACAGGGCCUGUUACACCAUCCAGGUGGUACCUUAUUGUCUCCUCAGACCCCUAAUCCACCAAUUAGUUCCAUAGUGAGGGGCUGCGUUUUUCCCAUGGCUGGCAUAGGCUGACAGGCACUUGAAAGACUGUGCUUUAGUUCAUAAAAAUCACUUGAACUUUUCUCUUACCCUUUUUAGCUGAAUUGAUACGCUCUGUAUAAUCUUUCAACCCCUGUUUUUCUUUUUUUUUCUGAGCAAGUAUCAUAUUCCUUGUAUUUUAUAAGACUCUGGACUCUCCCACCUUUCUCUAGCAGAGCUCUUUGUGGUGGAACUCUUUGUUAGACGCUCAGUUUGUUCUCUCUUGCUUUAUAUAAAACUGUGCAGAUCUAUUGAAAGCCAUACAAAUGUCUCACUACGUUUAAUGCAUACCUUGCUCUAGCUAUUGUGGCACAGUAAGGCUGCUUUGUACUAUCUAUGCACAAUUAAAAAUAAAGAAUUGAAAAAAAAUCACACACAAAUAAAAGAAUACCACACUAGUUUUCUGAUUUCUGUUAACAUUUAACUUGCGUUUUAGUACUAAAAAUACAAUACAUUUAGAACUUAAAUACAAACAUACAUUAAAAAACAAGGGUACUUGUGACACACAUUAAGCUAGGAAAGUGUCCCGAUACUUUCUGCCCACUUCCCCAGAGCAUGAGCAGCAGUUGGGGUUCUGUGAAGAAAAAUAAAAAGGUGGGCCUGUCCAUUCCCUUACUCCAAAGGUGGUGUCAUGAGUGUUAAUUAUAAUAAGUAGCUUUCACUGACUUCCUCUUGCUCAUACACAAUACCUUAAAGGUUGCCAUUUUGGGUUAAUACAUAAAAUGGAAGAAUCUCCAGUUUUCUGGAGAUGCUAAUAUCCAGCACCAUUUGCUAAUAUCCAGCAUAUAUUAUUUAUGUUAAUUAAAUGUAUUUGAAAUGGAGAAAAAUGUACAGUACUAUAAGCAUGUGACUUAAAAAUAUAAAACUUUAUCAGUUGUUACUGCUUUUGUUGUGAAAUGUGUAUUAGAGUAAUUUUAAUAAGAAUUUGUUGAUAUAAAAAUUUAAAUUUUAAAUUGAUUUUCAUUUUUCUGUUAUUUUAGGUAGCCCUCUAUAAAGAUGGGUGACUGGAGUGCUCUUGGAAGACUUCUUGACAAGGUGCAAACCUAUUCUACUGCUGGUGGAAAGGUUUGGUUGUCAGUACUGUUUAUAUUUCGUAUCCUUCUUUUGGGCACUGCUGUGGAAUCAGCCUGGGGAGAUGAACAAUCAGCAUUUCGCUGCAACACUCAGCAACCUGGUUGUGAAAAUGUCUGCUAUGACAAGUCAUUCCCCAUCUCUCAUGUACGUUUCUGGGUUCUUCAGAUCAUAUUCGUCUCAACACCAACUUUGCUUUAUUUGGCCCAUGUGUUUUACUUGAUGCGCAAAGAAGAAAAGCUGAACAGGAAGGAAGAAGAACUUAAAAUUGUUCAGAAUGAUGGAGGCAAUGUUGACAUGCACCUUAAAGAAAUUGAAAUAAAAAAAUACAAGUAUGGCAUUGAAGAACAUGGCAAAGUCAGAAUGCGUGGGGGUCUUCUUCGCACUUAUAUAAUCAGCAUUUUGUUUAAGUCAGUUUUUGAAGUUGGCUUCCUUGUCAUCCAAUGGUACCUGUAUGGGUUCAGUCUGAAUGCUGUCUAUAGGUGUGAACGACAACCCUGCCCACAUACAGUAGAUUGCUUCCUCUCACGACCCACUGAGAAAACCAUUUUUAUAUGGUUUAUGUUGAUAGUGUCUCUUGUGUCACUUGGCUUAAACAUCAUUGAACUAUUUUAUGUCAGCUUUAAAAGCAUCAAGGAUGGCAUCAAGGGGAAAAGAAACCCAUACACCCAUACAACUGAUCCAGUAAGUUCUGCAAAAGAUUGUGGUUCACCUAAAUACACAUACUUUAAUGGCUGUUCUUCUCCGACUGCUCCCAUGUCACCACCAGGUUACAAGCUUGUUACUAGUGAAAGAAACCCUUCAUCAUGUCGUAAUUUUAACAAGCAAGCAAGUGAGCAGAACUGGGCUAAUUAUAGCGCUGAACAAAUUAGGAUGGGCCAGGCUGGAAGCACCAUCUCAAAUACUCAUGCUCAGCCCUUUGAGUUUCCUGAUGAUCAACAGAAUACCAAGAAAUUGGUGCCUGGUCAUGAGAUGCAGCCCAUUGCGGUUUUGGACCAUAGACCACCUAGUAGAGCAAGUAGCCAUGCCAGCAGCAGACCCCGACCUGAUGAUUUGGAGAUUUAGUUUAUUAAAUCACAUUAUCAAACAAAAGGUUAAUUUGUUGAGUGAUGGAGGUACUUCAUGGUCUCAAAUAAGAGAUUUAACAAACUUUAAAACUUUUGUAAUGUACAUUUUGUGGAGUGGUUGGUACACUUUGGUAUUUAAGUAGUUGAUUGCAAAAUUUACAGAACUAAAUGACUCAGAAAACUAGAAUCACAUGCAUUUCAACCUAGAAUGUAUUUAUAAGAGGAUGUAUAUAAAGUAAGGUAUGUGUUUUCAAUUUGUGAACAGAGGUGUUGUAUUACUGAGUGAUUGGCAUAAAACUACUACAAAUAUAAAGAAGGUUUUUUUUGAGAAGAUGUUUAAAUGAAAAAUAUAUAAAUAGAUUGACUGUCUGGAACAGUUUUGAAACAUAGUACAAAAAUAAAUAUGUAUAAUCAAGAGAACAUGGUUGGUUGUAGCUCCCUAAUUUGAUUUCUCAAUUGCUCCUCUAAAUUAUACUUUUAUAAUUUAAAAGAACUUGCAAAAUAUGAUGCAAAAUAGAUGAAUUGUAAAGAACUUUAAAGGGACACUGAAGACAGUAACUGCUUCAUCUCAUUGAAGUGGUGUAUAUUGUCUGAAGUCAUCUGGGAGAGUCCCCAUCAGCCCAUUCCCUCUGUGCUGCUUGAGAUAAUGAUGAAGCCUUAGUCUGGGCACCAAUGGGUGGCUGUGUUUGGCAUAGAGUGGCCACUGACUGCUUUCAGUCAUUGCUGGUAUGAAUUGGUAUGUCUGUAAGGAAGUGUUUAAUCUCUGCUUAACCAUACCCCCAGCAGGGCCUGCUCCUAAAUGGUUCAACAUUGAAUGCAGUGACAAUACUUAAAGGCAGUAUAAUUAAAUUAAAUGAUUAUUGCCAAAGUGUCUCUUUAAUUCAGCAGCAAGUCAGUCCACAGAUUAACUUGAUAUUUAAUGAACACAUCUCUUUGUUCAUUCAAUUUCAGUAUAAUUUAAAGCAACUGAUAGCUGGGGUUCAGGAGUGACACUUUCAUGAAGAGGCUUCUCCCUACAUUACUUUGACAUUUUCUCACAUGAAGUAACUUCUAAUUGAGAUUAUUAGCAGAGAAGAUACCUUCUCUUCUUCCUAACCUUAGUCCUUUAUUACUAAUGUUUCAUUUACACCAUACAGUGAUUCCACACUGUACCAUAUAUCCACAUCCACCAUUUUGUCAUGCCAGCUCUGUUGUUUAUAUCCAUCAUCAUGUUUAUUCUAGCUCUUCCCUUCUACCAGCUCUUUUUCAUUUCAUGCCUGCAUCAACAUCUGUACUCUAACGUCAGCUUAUGGUAGAUGCCCCUUAUUUAGUGACUGCUCUCCAUUUAUUCAUGCUAGUUCCUCCAUAUUGUAUGACAGCUAACUCCAUACUGCACACACAUCCCCUGUUGUUUAUGGAGUAUAUGGUGAGUUUACUAUAGCUGAAUGUCACUUUCAUAUAGCAAUGUCAUGCACUUGAAGUGCUGUAACACACCAUGGAGGCCGCCUCCCAAUGGUGCAUUAGCAGACCUUGAUGGACAGGGGAAUUACACAACAACAUUUAGCAUGAUUUAUCAUUUACCUUGUGGCCCAAACAUUCUAAUGAAAAUAAAAAUUGUGAUAAAGUGUAGGCUUAGCAUAAAUAAGUUGCUGGUUACAAUUGCCCCUUUUGCCUCGUAAAAACAUCUAUCCCAUUCAUAUAAUUUAUAAAAUAUAAACGAAAAGACAUUGACUUAUGAUCAACAUACAUGGAUUGCUCUGAUUAUCACUAUAUGAGCUUAUACGUAUUUAUGCUAAACAGCAACCGUUCUCAGUAGUCUCUGAAAAGUGCACAGACCUGGUCAAAUAUGGUCACUACCAUGAGUGGCUAUUUUUUUUUUCAUUGAAAUCAGUGUGACUUUUAGAUGUGACCCCAAUAAUGUGCUUUGUGCAUGAAUAACCAAAGGUAUUUGGAAUUAAUAUUCUUCAACAGUUAAUACCUUUGUUACAGCAAUCACUGUGAAUGUCCUAAAAAAAAAAAAAAAGACUGUCCAUGUUAAUAUUGCAAUUCUGUGAAUGCAAAACUAUUUAAAUGUGAAACCGUAUGUAUCAAGGGAGCAGCAAGUGAAGCGUUAGACUUCUUAUCUGAAAUCAGUCCAAUCAAGCAUUUGUCAAUUUCCCUUCAAAACCUUUUUGCUGUCAAACUCUCUUUGUAAUCACAAAACAUUAACAGUGCAACAUCAAUGAGACAUAUUCAUCUUUUUUUGUGAUAUAUUUAUUACAGGAUUAAAUAAAAGAUCUGCUGUUUGAUUCCAUAAGCUUGACAGAUGCAGAACAAGAGGAAAUUAUACAUCACAUUAUGUAUAUUUUCUCAGUAUGUUUGCUGACAUGCUUUGCACAGAUAAGUUUUGAAAGUCCCAAAUAUUUUGCUAGAGAAUGACACAUCAUUUUCAAUUCUUUCUAGUUUCAUAUUUAACAAAUGAACUAAAAAUAGCCAUAGUAAGAAACUGACCUGCUCCUAUUAUUACGGAUUCUAACAGGUCAUUUUAGAUGAUAUAGGAUCCGUAUCAAGACAUUGCAAGUUUAAGAUUACGAGACAGAUGCUAAUGUUAAUUAGAAAUUCUGGCUUGACUGUUUUUGUAAAGUACUUUUCAGUGAUUUGAUGCAUUAAAAGUCCUUUAGGUCCAUCCGUUCCCUGUGCUAUUGACCUCAGAAGUCAUACUUUGACAGACAAUAAUUAGAUAUCUUGUUUGGUAAGUUUGAUCCUGCAUAGGAAAUUUUAAAAGUCAAAAAAUUAAAAUCUUUUACGAGGACACAUUUCUAUCUGUUAGUCAAUUUAAGGCAGUAAGGUGAUCAAUCUUUUAAGGACUAUAAAGGAUGUUCUAGAAAACCUUAUGCCAGCACAAAAUGUCCUGCUUAUUUAAAUGAGUUUGACAUUCCAUUUUAGAACACAUCAUUAAAGAGUAAAUCGUUUUAACCACAUAUGCCAUGACUUAUCCUUAAUCGGUUAAAUCUAAUAGAUCAGUUUCGUUAUGGCGGUAUAACUUUAGAAAAGGAAAAUAGUUUUUCCAUGUAGAAACACUAUGCAUUUAGCUACUUAAAGAACCACUCUAGGCACCCAGACCACUUCAGCUUAAUGAAGUGGUCUGGGUGCCAGGUCCCUCUAGGAUUAACCCAUUUUUUUUAUAAACAUAGCAGUUUCAGAGAAACUGCUAUGUUUAUAAAUGAGUUAAUCCAGCCCUCAAAGCCUCUAGUGGCUGUCUCAUUGACAGCCGCUAGAGGCGCUUGCGUGAUUCUCACUGUGAAAAUCACAGUGAGAACACGCAAGCGUCCAUAGGAAAGCAUUAUGAAUGCUAUCCUAUGAGACCGGCUGAAUGUGCGCGCAGCUCUUGCCGCGCGUGCGCAUUCAGCCGAAUGGGAGGAGAGGAGGAGGAUCGGAGGCGGAGAGCUCCCCGCCCGGCGUAAGUUUAAAGUUUAUCCCCUUUCCUUUCCCCAGAGCCGGGCGGGAGUGGGUCCCUGAGGGUGGGGGCACCCUAAGGGCACCAUAGUUCCUGGAAAGCGAGUAUGUUUUCCUGGCACUAUAGUGGUCCUUUAAACUGUCACCAAAUAAUUGGGUUAAUAAAAGCAACUUCAAUAAGUGGAAUGAAUUACAAAUUAUUUGCAAUAAUUUGUGAACUGGUUUAAAUAAUCUUCAAUUGAAUCACAGAAACAUUUAAGAUAAAAGUAAAUUUGGAAACUGAGCAUCUUCUCAAAAUAAAUUUAAGUGCAUUGGUUUAGGAUGGGGCAGGAAACCUUUGGCGCUCCAGAUGUUGUGGACUAUAUCUCCUAUAAUGUUCUGACAGCCAUACUGUUGGAGAAGCAUCAGGUGAGAUGUAGUCCACAACAUCUGGAGUGAUGAAGGUUGCCUACCCUUGGUUUAGGAUUGAAUGAAGAACUGGAUAAGAACUUUGAGAAUGACAUACAACAUAUUUAGCCCUUUGAGUUCCAACACAAUCAUCUGCACUCAAUUUGUUAACUUUACCAGAUAUUGCUAUGAAUUUUUUACAUCACUUCUCUGGCAUUCCAAUGGUUAAAUACAUGAGAGGAAAAAUAUGUAGCUUAUGAAUACAUGAUAACUAUACCUUUAAAUAGCAUCUCGCACUAGAGGCCAACAAAAUGGUGUUUACAAAUUCCUAAUGUGUUGUAAAAAGCACAUUUUAACCCUAUUUUUGUGUUGUCGGUAUUGUUUCGACAUGUCUACUUCUGGAUAGACAUCGAUCUGUUAAGGUAUAAUGUCGAGAUUUUAGAUUGUUUGUCUUUCUUUAAGUGUCAGGAAUACCAUCCUGACUUGAAUGAUUUUAAUUUCUUUAAUGUGUAAUCAAAUAUGCUUGAAUGAUAGAGGUUGUUAUAGUACUGUACGCAUACUUCAUUUGGUUGUUAUGUGAGAAACAGAAAUGCUUAGAGCUGGAAUGCGACUUAAAUAUAGCUGCACGGGUUCUGUAUUAAGCAGCCCACAAUUGUGAAUUAUGUUGUAAUUAUGUACUGUAAACUAGACUUCAUUAUCCUGAUGAGAUUCAUUUUGUACAUUUAAUUAUCAUUUGGUUGCUUCAACCACUGUAAUGUUUGCACUUGGGGGUUUGUUUAGAAUUCAAGACAGUCUGGAGAUUAAACUUGUUCCAUUAUACACUCAGAGGUAAUUUAUUUGAAAAACUGCAUCUGUUAAAUCUUUGGAGUGCUAGAGGAUUUCAGCCGUGGUUCAAUUUCCAAAAAGGUAUACUACGCAGCUGCCUAAAAACACCAUAGUUGGAGGUGCUCAUUGCAAAUGGAUUUAGAUAACCCCGCUCAUUCCUGCCCGUGCAGUGCCUCGUUUCAUCAAAGCUCCUCUCUUUUCCUGACAUUACAUUGCACAUAAUAUAUUUUAUUAUUAUUUUUUUAAGGGAGAGGAUGCAGACCAUCUGUACAAUUUGUGUUCUAGGGUACCUGAGCCGUAGAUUUAGCUAUGAGUUGAAAUCACUGGCACUCGGUUAAACACACCUUCCCAAUAAAUGCAGUGGUGUUGCCUUGACACAGCACUAAAUAUGCUGGAGAGAAGUGCAUUGUAUGAUUAAGGUUUUUGUAAUAUGUGCAGAAUGAAUGAUUAUGAUUUUUUUUCCCAUAAACUACUGUUAUGUUCUGCUUCAUUGCAUGUAUGUAGUAAUGGCUAAUUAGCACAUUGUUUCCAAAGUGCUUUCUUUAAACAAUAAAGUUUUACUUUAGUAAAUA